AUGCUGGUCGUCAAGCACCUUGCCAUUGCGGCGUCGCUCGCGGGUUUCGUCUCUGCGGCGCCUCGCAACUCUCCCGAGCCAUGCAAACCCGGCACCUGGGAAAAGCUUGCUCCUCUCCCCCAGGCAAGACAAGAGGGCAACGGCGUGGCCGUCAACGGAAGCUUAAUUGUCAUGAUUGGCGGCGUGCACGUCGACCGUCCCCCUUACACCACAACCGAUGUGGUGCACAUCUACAACGUUGCCGACAACUCCUGGCGCAAAGGCUCCAAGUCGCUAUUUCGCUAUAAUCAUCCCAACACAGCCGCUAUUGGAAACAUGGUCUAUGUUCUCGGCGGUCUCAAGGACGCACCUGUCAAUUCGGGCAAGACGUUCCACAGCACAGCCGCCGACGGGUGCUUCGUCUAUGACACCGUCCGUGAUUCCUGGUCGCCGCUGGGCAAGAUGCCACGCGGUACGGCCCGCGGAAGCGCCCUGACACUGGUGUAUGGCGACACCAUCUUCCUCGUCGGCGGCAUGACCAACCUGGAGAAUGGCAACCAGGACUCUGUGACGACGGUCAGCGCAUACAGCGUGGGCCAGGGCUGGUUGAAUCUUCCAGGACCAGCAGCUAACCUGCCCGAGGGCCGCCAGCACCACGGCGGCGCCAUCAUUGACGAUGUGAUAUAUGUCGUUGGCGGUCGCACCAACAGCGAAGAGAACCGCGGUACAGUGUACCAGCUGGAUCUGCACAACAUGAAUGCUGGCUGGACGACGGGACCAGCGAUGAUGCCGACGCCGCGCGGUGGAUUGUCUGCCGGUGCGGUGGACGAGCGAAUUGUCACAUUUGGAGGCGAGAAGAGCAACGGCGUUAACAGGGAGGUUGAGCUCUACGAUGUGCUAAGCCAGACGUGGACAAAGCUUGGCCCGAUGCCUCUCCCGCGGCACGGAACACAUGGGAUUACCAUUGGCGGACGCAUCUAUCUUCCGGGUGGCGGUACGAAUUCAGGCGCUGUUCCGACGGAUUACUUUGACUCGUACUGUGUCUAA